GCGUUCGGUGAGAUGACUGACUGGUUGUGGCCAGAGGAGUCUGUCGGUCGCGCCCGCCCAGAAGCCUGGUGCUUGACCACAUGCACGACCAGGACAUCCCUCAGUCUCAACAUCUAGGUAUCUCCUCUCCUCCGUCUUUCCCACACCUUGGAGCCCAAAUCAACUUCACAUACAGUUGUUGCUUCCUUUGCCAACGGAGGUACCCAGACCGACUGGUAACUUGAAUAUGGAGGGAUCUCUCACAGGCUCGCAGCUGGGGAGCCAACUAUCAUUACUUUCGAAGUCUAGCAGCGUCGGAAUGCGUGCGGCGCCGUUCGUGUUUGGAAUUGAUUUCGGAACCACCUACACUGGUGUUGCAUGGUCAGCGCGUCAGGGAAAGGUUCGGCCAGAGCAUAUACAUCUCGUCAAAAAUUGGGAUAGCGUCCAAUAUAUGAACACAGAACGGGAGAAGACACCAACAGCGAUAUCAUACUCUUCCACCAAACAGGUCACAUCUUGGGGAUAUAAUAUUCUCACCUUCGAUGAAUCUGUUCGGUGGUUCAAACUAUUGCUUCUCGACGAUGCGGACCUUCAAGAGCACCUCAAGGACGCCCCCCAGCUUAUCAGUGCCAGACAGCGGUUGUUGGAGAUGGGAAAGAAACCAAUCGAUGUCAUUGCGGAUUACUUGCGAAACCUCUGGAGUCAUGUUAUGGCCGACGUAGAAAAGGCGAUGACACCCAGCUUCGUCAAGUCUACGCCAUUCCGAAUUAUCAUCACUGUCCCCGCGAUUUGGAAGUCCUACAUGAGAGAGAGAAUGCGCGAAGCAGCGAAUAUGGCAGGCUUACUUGAUCCUCGUGAAUGUGGCGAAACCGAACUGGACUUCGUUUCUGAGCCUGAAGCUGCAGCAAUUGCCACUUUCACCAACAUGAAAGGCAGACCAGACAUCAAAGUCGGGACAUCCAUAACUGUUGUCGACGCUGGGGGAGGCACGGUCGACUUGAUCAGUUAUCAGGUUGUGGAUACCAACAGAUUUGCUGCUAGGGAAGCGGUGGAAGGUACUGGGGCCCUUUGUGGAGCGAUCUUUCUGGACCAGGAGUUCGAGACACUUGUUCGAGAUCACGUUGCUACAGAUGUUUGGCGCCAGGUCCCCCCACAAGAAAUUGCAGAGAUGAUGAAUCAGUCAUGGGAACAUGGUAUCAAGCAACAAUUUACAUUGAAGCAGGGUCCUGAAAAGCUCUGGAAGGUGCGCCUUCCUGCUCGAGUGGUUCAACUAACUGGACAGGCGGACAUCACAUUGUCAUCGUCUACUAUCGCGGAAAUAUUUGAUCAUGUUGUCUCCAAGAUAUUGGAUCUUGUUGACUCACAAAUUGAGACACUUGAAAAGAAAACAGGGUCAGGUCCGAAUUUUGUCAUCUUGGUCGGAGGGUUUGGGAAAUCUAGAUACCUCUGGGAAAGGCUGAGUAGUUGGUUAGGUGAUGACUGCCCAGUGAUGCAGCCAUCUGAGCCAGGACCAUGGACCGCCAUAUGCCGAGGCGCAGUCAUACGGGGCACCCAAGAUGCUGAAAUCAAAAUUACGUCCCGAAUAUCACGUAGCAACUAUGGCCACAUAUACGAUACUCGCUUUCAGCAAGGUGUACAUGAUGAGAGAGACCAAAUGGUGGACCCCAUCACUCUCGAAACAAUUGCUUAUGCUCAAAUCGGAUGGUUUGUUACGAAGGGUGAAAAUACAACAGAGACGUCCCCUCGCAAGCAACUUUACUAUCGAUACUACACAAUUAAUGAUCCGCGCGAGUACCCAUGCAUUUCAGAACACCUGGUCAGCUGCGACACAGUCAACCCCCCUACUAGAAUCGAACCAGAGGUCAAGAAUCUGUGCACGAUUGACUUCUGCUCUCCAAUUCCAUUUGACGAUCUUCCCUUCAGCACAAAUUCUCAUGGCCAGAGAUAUCGCUACUUUUGCUACUCGUGCCUCACCAGCGUUGACGGGGCAUCAUUAAAGGUCGUUGUGGAAGUCAACGGCGAGACAAUAACAUCCAAAAAUCUUUCACUCAAUUUUGAAAGCCGUCCCCGACCUCGGGAUCUUGCCGGGACCUCAAUCAGAAACGUAUCAGCCCCUACCACCUUGCCAUUGCAGCAGAAAUUAUCUGUUGGGGAUGACUUGAGCAAUAAGCCAAAUCGAGAAUCCGAACAAGACGACCGAUCAAAGCUUGCCGGUGCGAGUAAAAGUGACAACGAGAGGAAGCAAAAGGCAAAGCAUGUUGACGAGGAUGAAGCUUUAACUGUCUUAUCGCCGACCACUACCGCUCUUCCUAGAACACCGAGCAUAUCGCUUCUGCACAGGACCCUAAGACCUUCCUCGUCAAGGUGGUCGUUACCAAAGAGCGCGAGCACGAUAAGUCUCUUGGAACACGAUUCUCUCAGAGGUACGGAGGAAGGAGAUAGAAGGAACACUUCCAACGAAGGCAGCUCAGUGAGCUUAGCGGAGAGGAGAGCACUAAGACGUGAACGUAGGAGAGUGGAAGCAGACCAUAUUGUUGAGGUUCCGGAGUAAUGAUGUCUUUUCUUCUUGCUACGUACCUUAGUCGGUAUUAAAUACGUACACAUGUAUUGAGUAUUCACUCAAAUUAUACCAUGUCGUAUCGCCAUUCA